AUGGUGAACAUCACAGAGAAAAUCAAAGAAAUCGAAGAUGAGAUGCGCCGCACUCAAAAAAACAAGGCGACAGAGUAUCACUUGGGUCUAUUGAAAGGAAAACUUGCUCGUCUGCGAGCUCAGCUUCUCGAGCCAGUAGGUGGCGCCGGCUCCGGUGGUGGUGCCGGUUUCGACGUUAGCAAAAGUGGCGAUGCCCGUGUAGCACUUGUUGGAUUUCCAUCCGUCGGAAAAUCUACAUUCUUGUCCAAAAUCACCAAAACUAAGAGUGAAGCCGCGGCCUACUCAUUCACCACGCUCACUGCUAUCCCAGGUGUGCUUGAGUAUGGAGGUGCAGAGAUUCAGAUCCUCGAUUUGCCCGGUAUCAUUGAAGGUGCCUCCGAGGGCAAGGGUCGUGGUCGUCAGGUCAUCUCAGCGGCCAAGACUAGUGAUUUAAUUCUCAUGAUCCUGGAUGCUACUAAGAAGGCAGAGCAGCGUGCUUUGCUGGAAGCUGAGUUGGAUUCCGUGGGUAUUCGGUUGAACAAGGAGCCUCCGAAUAUCUACCUCAAGGUGAAGAAGGCCGGUGGCAUGAAGAUUACUUUCCAAACACCCCCGAAGAGCCUGGAUGAGAAGAUUAUCUACAAUGUCUUGCGUGAUUACAAGAUCCUCAACUGUGAAGUGCUAGUACGAGAUGAGAAUGCCACAAUUGACGACUUUAUCGACGUCAUUAUGAAAGACCAUCGCAAGUACAUUCGCUGCUUGUAUGUAUACAACAAAAUCGAUGGCGUCAGUCUUGAGUUCCUGGAUCAACUGGCCCGAGAGCCUUACUCAGCCGUUAUGAGUUGUGAGCUUGAUCUUGGUGUGCAGGAGGUCGUGGAACGUAUUUGGAAGGAAUUGAGAUUAAUGCGACUCUACACAAAGCGAAAGGGACAAGAACCUGAUUUCAGCGAAGCACUUAUCGUACGAAAGGACUCAUCAAUUGAGGAUGUGUGUGACCAGAUUCACCGUACUCUGAAGGAGACCUUCAAGUAUGCCUUAGUGUGGGGUGCCAGUGCAAGACAUAUGCCACAGCGCGUGGGAUUGGGGCAUAUGGUAUCAGACGAGGAUGUGGUAUCAAUAGUAGCUAAAUAG